UGAGAUUCCCAUGAUUUGACGGUGACAUUUACUUGAUCAGGCGCCGCUCCGAAAAGUAUCCGAUUUCGUAACGCCACUUUGCACAUGCGCAUAAGGUCGGCUUACAAGGCACGCCUGCGUAUGCAGCGCUACCUCGAACAGCGGAAUAAUACAUGAGUUGCUAUAUUGGGUCUGGCAGCCGUCGCACGACUGUGGUCACGUACUGAACGCGAGACAAGAGACAUGCCGCAGCACGUCCAAUGAGCGAUUUUAAAAUUAGUAUGCAGAAUGGCACGGUUAGCGGUCGAUGAUAAAAAUGGGAUGUCUGCUCCGAGAUGACUCAGUCCAGCCGCUGAUACUCCUACGCACUCAAUACUGACAUUUAUCACUGGAGCCAGAGUCAUUAUAAGCAACGCGGACACAUAACUGGCGAAACACUGCUGCGAAGGUGUGUGCGAGUCUUGGACGAUUCUCAGCACAUUUGUAAUUCGGUGCCUGGGCUGUUGCAGCGUCUAACAGUCUAGCGGACUACUCGUACCAGGUGUACAUCUUAGAUUGUUUCUGUCACCACAUCAUGCCUUCAGUGCAAGACGUGCUAGCCCAGCAAGCCCGUGACGAGCGACUCAGCCUAUACAGCUCCCCAACUUUCUGCCGGCGUAGUCGACUAGACAACGAACUAGUUCGUGAAAAACCGGACGAUUUUGGCUGGCUUCGGGCCUUCGAUCCCAAACGGUGCUGCUCCACCAAAUCACCAACUUCCAUCAUGGCGACGAAGGGACACACUAGGCCGUCCUCUGCGUCCUGCGUGACUGGACGCGCGCGUAAACCCUCAGACGCGGACUCGACGUCCUUCAGCGAGAAGGAUCUGGCAUCGAGAGAGCCGGCAAUUGACGACAAAUCACCCACGACCUAUACCCUCCUCUCACGCCGGCGCAACCAACGUCCAGUCUCCCUUGUCAUGGACAAUCACAGAUCCCUGAGUAGCCUAGACGUCAACUCCAACGACAACCAAGCUUUGGAGAAAGAUGACUUUAAGGCGUCCACGGGAUCGCCUCGUACUAAGGCCUUCCUAGCUGUGGAACGAAGUGCAGUUGAAAGUCUUAGCAAGAGCUGUGGUGACUUGAGACACGGUGACCUGGAAACCCCGCCCUUUGUUAGACAGUUUCACCAACACCCUCUUCACGGCAUGCCCGACCCACUGCGAUGCCCUAGUCACCUGUCGCUCUGCUCCGUGCAGGUCUCAAGCCCCACCCAAACAGACUCACACGCUGGUAGUAGAGUAAGUCUUCUCUCUGAGGGUGUUGACUCGUACGAGGGACUCUACGAGCGAGCCUAUAAAGCCACCUACGUCUUCGGAUCUCAGGAGCUUCCGAAUGUCCGAGAAAGCAAGGAGGAGAGAGCUCGGAUGGUCAGAGAGUGGCUAGCAAAACAAGAAGAGACUGAAGAAUCGGCCAUCAAUGCUAACGGAUCACCUUCUGUAUAGUCCAACCAACAUCUUAGAACUUGUAGAAGAAACAGUGACUGGAGACACCAGCCCUUAGAAGAAACCUCGGCAUAAAAAACUGACCUCUGUUCUCUAUCCAACUGUUCUGUAUCCAAUUCAUCAGGUAUUAUUGUACUUACUUAAGGGGUAUGUUCCUCUAUUCACACAUAGGAUACUCUGCACCAUAAUGUACCAAUCAAUACCAAUACUUUGCCUGAUCUUUUUAUAUAAAAGAAUGGCGUUUGACUUUGAUAAGGUAAUAAUGUUUAUCAAUUUCAACAGUAUAUGAUGCACUUGGGUAUUUCUCAAAGUUGGUCUCUGUUUUGAACUGCCGUAUAUAGCUAAGGCGAGACAAACAUCAUUUUUAAAACCAUAUCCCACCGAUGUUAUAAUGGCAUCACUAUAUAAUAUUUGUAUACGUCUUUGACAUUAAGAAUGUAAAGAAUGUAUGUAAAUAUAAUUUAUUAUGACGCUGUAUUCCAGAUUUAUGAAACAUGAAUAUUCAUGUCUGGGUGCUACGUGCUUGCUACGUCACUUUCAUCCACCGACAGUAAAUUCGGUGGUUUACAUUAUUAAUGUAAACACUGUAAUCUUUGAGCGACAUGUGUGUAUCAAAAUUCAAGUCGACUAAAAUUGUUCGACAUCUCGCUUUUUGAUCCAAAAAAAAAUGCAAAAAAAAUUCUUAGCAGUCAAAAAGCUUUUGUAGAUAAUCCAAAAAGAGAACUCUUUUACCUAAUGCAAUGUUCAGUGAGACAAUUAAGAUCAUGUGCCCUUUUCAGCUGUGCAUAGCAUCGCUCUUGUAUAUCUUGUCACGUGCAAUUUUACAAGGCGCGUUUUCUUCAUGACAAGACUGUGGUUCUCCAUGCGAUAGAGUGCUGAUUGUGAGUGCUACACGGAAAAUAUCAUUAUAGAUUCACGUUAGCGAGCAAAUAGCGACCACUCUACCCAUGGCGAGAUCUGAUUACGCAGCCAGAACAUCAGCAUCAUUAUUCAUGUAUACAGAUAGGAGUGCGAUCAAAAUCUGCUUUUGAUAACGGGGCGUUUACGAUUGAUUAAAAAAAAAUCAUGAUUUUUCUAAGCAUUGGUGCCUAAGGGCAUAUUUCUUAAGAGGUGAAUAUUGGCCACAUCAUUAUUAUAACUUGUUACCAGUAGACUGAGUCACAUUUCCUAUCAUUUUGUUGGAGCAUUGGUCGAGUUUCAGAAGGCACCAGAUGAUCGGGGUUUUUUUAUUACCGCCGCAAAGGAGGUUAUAUUUUCAUCGGAUUUUGUUGGUUGGUUGGUUGGUUGGUUUGUCUGUUAACAAGAUAACUCAAAAAGUUAUGGACGGAUUUACGUGAAAGAAAUAUUAGGGGUGGUCCUUGGAACAAGUACAAAUCGACAAGAUUUUAGAAGUGAUCCUGAUCUGAGUCUGGAUCCAGGAUUUUUUGAAGGAUUCUUCACCACUAUAUGAGUAUAUCUUUUGGGUAUACAAUAUGGCGGGAAUUGUGAAGCCUUGGCGGAGGUUUGCGCUGUCUGAGUGCUUUCUGGUUGCUAACGAUUUUAGAACAAUUUAUUGUGACUUGAGUCAGAGAUCAUCUUUGUCAAGGUUUAAGCCUUUAAUCUGAAAAAGAAGAAGAAAUUAGAUUGAGGAUAAUACUAAGAAUCUGGCUUGGGCUACGGCUUGCAACACACGCGCCUAUGGAAGCGGCUGUAGCCACUCCCCAUUGACCCGUGUGUUAUUCCCAGCCGUAGUCUCGUAAAUGACGUGACAUAGUUAUCUCUAGUUGACAUUUGAAAUGUAAAUAGAGCGCUUAUCCGCUCUCAACUUGCUCGGUCAACAGGAAUUGUUGACGUUUAACUGCGGAUAUUAUUGAGGCUGAUUUGCUGUUUUUAACAUUAAUUUGGAGGCAAAGACGUCAGUGAAACGCAUUAGACUUGCAUUAAGUCCUUGUUUUCAGUUUCACAAGUACUAUUGAUUUUAAAGUUUUGAGCUAUCAGUUCCUAUACCAUAUGUGAUUGUUUUUUUUCCACCUAGGUUUAAUUAAGCAAGACGGGAUGAUUGUCUUGAUUAACAUUGACUUCAGAUAUGAUUUCGUCUUUAAAUUUAAUUGCCAUUUUAUGAAUUUUGAUAAUUAAGUGAAAUGCAUAGUAGAUUUGUAUAUAAUUAUGUAUCGCGUUUUUCUUAUUUGCUUUUCACCAGCACUGAUUUAUUUAAAUACCAAUGUACAUUUUAACUUUCUUUUAAUGAUUGUAUAUAUUUAUUACUUCAACAAAGUUUAAGUAGCUGGCCUACUUUCAAAUGAAAAUAUCAAAUUUAAAAU